AUGCCGGAAGCCGGGCAAAUAGCUGCAGGCGUUGGACCGGAGCCUGCGGAGCCUGCGGAGCCUGCGGAGCCUGAAGGGCUGGCAGGUCCUCAUGCCAGUGCUUCCAGCACCUCCAGCACCUCCGCUCAGGCUUGCUCAAGAGCCUGCGCCACGAAAUCGUGGCUGGAAGCGAAUAACUUGCGGGACUCGCAGGGCUGCGUUGCACUGGUCAGUGAUGAGGCUCUGCUGCUUCACGCAGGUCCAACCAAUCAUCCUGAAAGACCAGCGAGACUUGCAGAAAUACUGAAGCAGCUGGACUUGUCAGGCUUGCAAUCGGCAUGUACGAAAGUUGCAUCCCGAGAAGCAACCAAAGAGGAGUUGCUGCGGGUUCACACGGAGAAUCACAUCGAGCGUGUGUCUAAAUCUUCUUCAGCUAAGAAGAAGGGCAAGGACUGGGGAUUGCCAUUCGGGCUGGACACCUAUGCAAAUGAGCACACGCCUCAUUGCGCGGUCCUCUCAGCCGGCUGUUUGCUGGCAUUGGUCGACCACUGCUUGAAUGACACCGCCACUGAACGGUGCGGCAUGGCAGUGAUACGUCCUCCUGGGCAUCAUGCCGGUCCUGAGACAGCAUCGGGCUUCUGCAUGUUCAACAAUGUAGCUGUGGCUGCGCGACACGCUCAACGAGAACAUGGACUUGAACGUGUCGCCAUCAUUGAUUGGGAUGUGCAUCAUGGGAAUGGAACCAAUGACGUGUUCGCCGAAGACGACAGCGUCUUAUUCUUCAGUCUUCAUAGAUAUGACAGCACUUUUUUCCCCGGGACAGGGUAUGCAGAGGAUGUCGGAAAGUCCGAUGCAAGAGGCUACAACGUAAAUGUGCCUCUCGACAAAGGGUUUGGGGAUCUUGAUGUCGCGUAUAUCAUGCGCUACUUGAUCUGCCCUGUGGUGGAAAAGUUUGCGCCGCAAGCCAUCUUCAUCUCGGCUGGAUUCGACGCUGUGCGAGGUGAUCCUCUUGGGGACUGUCGUGUCAGCCCAGAAGGGUUUGGCUGGAUGACUCGUUGCCUGUAUCGUCUGGCCCGACACUACUGCCAGGGCCGGCUCUUCCUGGCCCUGGAGGGCGGCUACAACCCUGACCUCAUCGCGCAGUGCACAGUGGAGUGUGUUCGCACACUGCUGGAAGAGGUCCACGACCUCGCAGGACCUGAUGCGGACGACUUCGUGCCUCCUGCCCCAUCUCCCAGCUGCAGCGUCCCCGGAACGCCGGCAAUGAUGCCGGCUUCGCCUCUUCUUUGUGCAUCGCGCACAUCCGAGGCUUCGCGAUCUUCGACUCCAUCCCUCCAACCCGAUGGCACGCCGCCCGCUUCCCCAUCACUGAGCAGCAGGAAGGCUCGUGGUCCUGCCAACAAGACUGUUCGAGUUGUGAGGAAGGCGACCGAGCAACUCCAUCUGCUUCGAUUGGAGGUGCCUUUGGCUCCGCAGGGCGAUGGAGCUAGCAAAAGUGCGAAAAGAAAUGAGCGCCGCAAGCAGCGGAAGAACAGUGGCGAGGAGGAUCCUGGUGCCUCCAGUGAUAACUCGGGAUGGGCUAUCGUGUGCGCUGGAGAAGAUGAGUUUGCUUUCAGCCCUGCAGUAAGGGUCAGCAGGCAAGUCUCUGGUGGCUCCCAAGCGCACGUGCCUGACCUGGAACUUCCGCCUGCCAUGCCAGAGACUGACACGGCAGAGACAAAGAAGACCUUGGAGGUGAAGAGCACAACUAAUCAAGCUUCCUCUGGCCCAUCCAAGCAGAAGAAGAAGUCGAAAAGGAAGUAG